AUGGAGGAGGCUGAUGCAAUUGCUGAUCAGAUAGUCAUCAUGGCUGCCGGCGUGGUUGUGUGCACUGGAUCAACAACGUUCCUCAAAAAAGCAUGUGGCGUUGGUUAUAAAGUGACGUUCACCAAAGUGCCGCAAGUGUUCAAACUCCAUGAUGCCAUGGCUGUUGUUCAGAGGACCAUACCCCAUGCUGUAGUGGAUGACGACAAGAAAGAAGAAGUCUGUAUCGCUUUAGGCACUAUGGAAAAUGAGAACUUCCCGAGGAUGUUUAGGAUGCUCGAAGGUUCCAUGAAAAGGCUCGGUAUAUCGAGUAUAGGAGUCAGCGUCGCCUCCAUGAAAGACGUCUACUUGAAGAUCAACAUGGACUGGGCACCUGGAGGAAAGGGCCGAGAAGAUCCUGUUGAUGCGUUGGCUACGUGGCUUAGACCACAGCAGAGCCUACUAAAGACUCUGAAGAACCAAGAAGAGACCCUUGACGUCCCAAUCAAACUGGGCACCCACUUCCCGGACUCCACAGUAGUGCUCGGUGAGGCACCAGCCACCAAUCUGAGCAAAGCACUACGGGUGCUCAUUGAGUCCGAGAGCUGCACCGUGCACGCCACCGGAAACGUCACCAAGGAGCUCCAUGAAAUCAUCGAGGAUGACUUCGCUGCCUACAUCCUGACGUAUCCGAUGGCUGUGGCCUUUCAGUCGAACACCAUACGCAUGAUGCCCAACCCGACGAGUGCUAUCACGUCUCCGAUCAUCAUCAACCUCGUGCACACCGCCUGGUUGCGCGUGCUCGCGGCGCAGCCUACGCUGCAGAACAACAUCACGGUCACUUACCUGGUCGCCGUUCCCUUCGAACCCUUGCUAGCCCUCUUCAUAGAGAGAGUAGUGGGCUGGCUCUACUGGGUGAUUGUGGCAGCCCUGACCUACACGAUGUCAUUCGCCGCGUACGCCUCGUUCCCCGUGGACGAGCGGCUAGGCGGCGCUCGUGACGUCCAACUUAUGACGGGCAUCUCGGGCACAGAGUUCAUCUUUGCCCACUUCGUCUUCGACUUCCUGUGCCACUUCGCGUACUGCGCGUCAUGGUGCACCAUUCACUACGCCUUUAGCUUCUACUCGUUAGGCACAGCCGCUCUUCUCUUCGGUGCUCUUUUAUCCUUUGGGCCAGUGGCUAUUGGCGUUUGCUACGUGAAGGCGGAGUAUUCGAGUGCUUCAGGUUCUGCAGUGGGUUCAGUUUUCCUAUGGUUCUAUAUCGGAGGUGCCAUCGUCACUGCAGCAAGUACCUUCUUUGUUUUGCUGGGUUGGCCAGAAUACACGCAAGUGCUUUUGUACGGCGUGCCUCCAUACGCGCUCCUUUCCCUACUUAACAAGAUAUGGAACAACGAGGACAAGAGCCUGCAGUGCAAGGAACUGCAGAAGGAAGGAAUCAAGUUACCGCGAGGCAUCGGACCGAAUUGCGAUGAAGGUUUGCUGCAGUUCAGCACGGACGGAGUGGGCUUCGAGUUGGCGUUCCUUCUUGCGGAAGGCCUGCUCUUCCUGGCUUAUAUGAUCUUCAAGACGUCGGGCUACUUGAGUGCCGGAGACCCAUCCCCGGGCGAUGAAGCCGCCACAGACGAGGACGUCGCAGAGGAGGCGAAGAAAGUGGAGGCUGCUGUUCAGAAAGGCGACUACGUCAGCAACUCCAUGUUAGUGUGGAGGCUGCACAAACACUUCGGCGCCUUGCACGCCGUGCGUGGAAUCUACAUGGCCCUGCGCCCGUCCGAGUGUUUCGGCCUCCUCGGAGUCAAUGGCGCGGGCAAAACGACCACGUUCCAGAUGCUGGCCGCGCUCAUCAGCGUGUCGUACGGCGACGCGAGCACUGCGGUGGCCAAGCUCAGUGCAAACGCUCGCAGAUGGCAGUCGCAGGUCAGUUACUGCUUCCAACUGGGCGGACUGUUGGACAGACUGAACGCGUACGAGUACCUUUACCUCGUCGGUCGGCUGCGGGGCAUCGCCGACAGUGACUUGAAGCCCAUGGUGGACAGUGUUAUAGCUGUCGUGGACCUCACGGAACACGCCUCGAAACAGUGCGGAGUGUACAGUGGCGGCAACCGGCGGAAGUUGUCUAUCGGCGCUGCACUGUUGGGCCUUCAGCCGUUCAUCUUCCUGGACGAGCCGUACGCCGGCGUGGACGUUGUGUCUCGAAACAAGAUCUUCCGAGCCAUCGCCGAGAUCAAGAAGCGCUCGAAGUCCACUUUCGUGCUCACGUCCCACAACAUGGACGAAUGCGAAUUUUCCUGCGACCGCAUUACAAUCAUGGUCGAGGGCCACAUGAUGUGCCUGGGCACGCUCCAGCAUUUGCGGGAGAAAUUCGGCAAGGGCUUCCGACUAGAGUUCCUGCUGAAGCACACUGCCGCAGCGGACGCGCCCAUGCUGAACGCGGCAGUGCAGCAGCUCUUCAGAGGCAUAGAGCUGAAGCAAUGCCACCAGAACCUCCUGUGCUACCACCUCGCGGUGAGAGUGCCCUGGAGCGAGAUAUUCACCAAGGUGGUGCACCUCCAGAAGAACUUUCAACUGGAGCACGCUCUGGUGGCAGAGAACACACUGGAGGACAUAUUUUUGAACUUCGCCAAAGCGCAAGAAGCGGCCACAAUGGCCGCUACUGAGAAUGCUGCCCCUUCCACAGCACUACCGAGGCAGUCACCUUACACUGGAGCCCAGCGUCAGCUGCAGCUCCCACGUCCCCCGCGUGAAACGUAG